GGGGUGGGGCGCGCGCGUGCGCGGGAGGGGGCGGGUUGGGAAGGAUCGCCGGCGAGAUCCCGAGGCGAGGCUCGCGCGCCCGCCCCCGCCCCGGCCCCCAGCGCCCACCCGGUCCGCCCGGCUCAGCCAUGAUCAAGGCGAUCCUCAUCUUCAACAACCACGGGAAGCCGCGGCUCUCCAAGUUCUACCAGCCUUACAGUGAAGAUACACAACAGCAAAUCAUCAGGGAGACAUUCCAUUUGGUAUCUAAGAGAGAUGAAAAUGUUUGUAAUUUCUUAGAAGGAGGAUUAUUAAUUGGAGGAUCUGACAACAAACUAAUUUAUAGACAUUAUGCAACGUUAUAUUUUGUCUUCUGUGUGGAUUCUUCAGAAAGUGAACUUGGCAUUUUAGAUCUAAUUCAAGUAUUUGUGGAAACAUUAGACAAGUGUUUUGAAAAUGUCUGUGAAUUGGAUUUAAUUUUCCAUGUAGACAAGGUUCACAAUAUUCUUGCAGAAAUGGUGAUGGGGGGAAUGGUAUUGGAGACCAACAUGAAUGAGAUUGUUACACAAAUUGAUGCACAAAAUAAACUGGAGAAAUCUGAGCAAAUAGUUUACACUGGCCUAUUUUGUAUCAGUCAAGAUUUUUCUCAGGCUGGCUUAGCGGGAGCUCCAGCCCGUGCUGUUUCAGCUGUAAAGAAUAUGAAUCUUCCUGAGAUCCCAAGAAAUAUUAACAUUGGUGACAUCAGUAUAAAAGUGCCAAACCUGCCCUCUUUUAAAUAAAAAAAAAAAUUUAAAAGGCCACUCCCAGGUAAAAUUCAGGGGGAAAAGUCAUCUAAGUUUACCAUGCAGUUGUUUACCAAAAAUACAGGAGGAGAGUCUUACAUUUUGCUCUUGGAUUUAAGUCAAGGUACUGUAUAGAAGUUGUGUAAAAUCAAUAUGGUGGUUCACUGUUGUUUUUCUUGUUCAGUGAUUUUAAAGAAAUUGAGUAGUUUCAGUGUGAUUUUUUAAAAAUUUCUUUUCUAAACUGCAUUCCUAUACCCACCUAAGGCAUGCUUCUAUGUAUUGGCUACAACAGUAUUUCAGAAAGUGUUUGAAACAUUUCUUUAAAUUAUGUACAACCCAAAAUGUUGGUGGUGUUUUGUAUGGAUCACAAGUAUAGCAUUCCUUAAUUCUUCCUGUUAUUUGUCAUGACUGUUAUUUAAAGAAUCAAGUAUGUAUUGCAUGAAAACAUUUUGACCUUUUCCUCUUAGUUUAAAUAAACUACAAAAAGGUAACUGGA